AUGCAAAACCUCGACGGUAUUGACCCGAGAUUGGAAGAAAUCUCAACGCAGCUCGAUGAUCAGCUGGAAGACCUGCGCCAUGUCAAAGCCGCCGCCGACGUGAACAUGAAUGUUUUCCGGCCAGUGGCAGAAAGCCUCGAGCAAUUCGCGCGCUUGCGAAAUAGACAGCAACAUUUCCUCGAGAAGCUUAUCAUCUUUCUCUUUGCAAAGAAGGAGAAACGGGUCAACGACAAUCGACAGUGGCGACGGCAGGGAGUCGACAGUGGCCUCGUAGCUUUCGGCGGGCAAGAUCAUUACGACCAACUCGUGAGGGAGAAGCUCGAAGCCAAGUCUCGAUCAGGCGAGGGGCAAAGCGGCCGGCCGAAAACCGCCCAAGAAGAAAAUGUGGGAAAGGAAUCCCAAAAGUGUUCUGGAUGCAACAGGCGCAAUUACCAAACAACGCACCACAAAGGCUGUCCCCAAGGCCUGGCAAACGACCUAUUAGAGCUACCCGAUGCUGUGGACUGCCUACCAAAAGUCCCAAUUCUGGAUGGCUCGCAAGAUUACAGCCGCCCUUAA